CAGCGCUGUGGGCGCUGCUCCAGACACGCCGGGACCAACUGCUGGGAGCUCCCGCACUCGCAGCCUCCGUCCUCAACGGCGGGCUGCACCGUUCUCCCCUCCCCGCCUUUUUACACCGCCUCCCCCGGUCGGCCGCCUGUGCCUGUCCCGCCAAGAGACGCGCGCCAUGGACCCCCCGCGGGCCGCGCCGCUCGCGCACAUUUUCAAAGGGACCUUCGUCCACUCCACCUGCACCUCGCCGAUGGUCAUCCUGCAAGGCCACCUGUUGGGUGUAGAGGAGAGCGGAAAGAUCGCAUUUUUUGAAUCAGCUGAUGGACAAGACAAAUUAGUGAAGAAGUGGGGAUUUAAAGCAUCUGAUAUACAAGAACUCAGUAAUAAUGAAUUCUUCAUGCCAGGUUUGGUUGAUGCACAUAUCCAUGCCCCACAGUAUUCCUUUACAGGGAUACGAGGAAAUCUGACUCUUUUGAAAUGGUUGGAAAAAACCACUUAUCCAGUAGAGGCUGAAUUCAAAAAAAUUGAUUUUGCUGAAGAAGUGUACACUAGAGCUGUGAGACGAACACUCAAGAAUGGUACAACUACAGCUUGCUAUUUUGCCACAAUUCACACAGAUGCUGCUUUGCUUCUGGCUGACAUUAUAGAUAAAUUUGGCCAGAGGGCAUUUGUGGGUAAAGUUUGCAUGGAUAUCAAUGAAUGCUUCCCAGAAUACAAGGAAGCCACCAAAGAAUCAAUUCAGGAAACUGAAAGAUUUGUUCAAGGAAUUCUGGGGAAAAAAUAUCCAAGAAUACUUCCUAUAGUAACACCCCGUUUUGGACUAUCUUGUACAGAGGAAUUACUGAGUAGCCUUGGUAACCUGGCAGAGACUCAUGAUAUUCAUAUACAGAGUCACAUAAGUGAGUCUAAAGGGGAGCUCAGACUUAUAGAAAGCACGUUUCCACACUAUCAACAUUAUACAGAGCUAUAUGAUAAAAACAAGCUGCUUACAAACAAGACUAUAAUGGCUCAUGGCUGCUAUCUUUCUGAUGAAGAACUGGACAUAUUUAAACGUAGAGGAGCUGCCAUUAUACAUUGUCCUAAUUCAAAUAUAUCAUUGAAGAGUGGCCUUUUAAACACAAGGAAGAUUCUGAACCACAAUGUAAAACUUGGAUUAGGCACAGAUGUUGCUGGUGGCUAUUCUGUUUCCAUGCUUGAUGCUAUCAGAAAUACAAUUGUGGUAUCUGAAGUCCUUCACCUUAAUUGUGAAACAGGUGAAAAAGGCUUAACUCUGAAGGAGGCAUUCCGACUAGCAACUCUUGCAGGAAGUCAAGCUUUAGGAUUGGAUUGUAUAAUUGGAAACUUUGAAGUUGGCAAGGAAUUUGAUGCACUGCUUAUCAACGCCAAAGCUUCAGAUAGUCCUUUUGAUCUAUUUGCUUCUGACCAUAUUGAGAAGCUGAUAUCUAUGGCAUGCAUUCCAGUGGUUUAGGAGGAUAUAAUUGAAAAAUUCCUGUAUCUUGGUGAUGACAGAAAUAUCGAGGGGGUUUAUGUGGCUGGCAAACUGGUGGUUCCAUUUUCAAGCUCUGUGUAAAUUGGAUUCCUAUGCUGAAAAAAGCUCAACUAGUUAUCGUUUGGUUUGGAAGAACUGGGUAGAAAUGCAGUGCCUUGUUGUUAUGCUGGUUUUAUUUAGUAUGUUUCUGAUAUGCACAAGAAAGGUGGCCAACUUGGCAGUGACAAAACAAAUAAAAAUUAUGCCAAAAAUCUAUCUCGCUUGAGGAGGACGGGAAGCGGGCCCCAAUUUUUAAAAUAAAGUGAAUUUGCAUUUGGAAUAAAUCUUUCCACCUACACCUUAAUAAAAAUAUCCAGAGAUGGUUGCACCAUGCAUUUCCUCUCUUCAAAUAUAAAAACCCAAAUCUUACAAAUGUAUCUGAUGAGAAUUUAGGGAUCUUAUUUGUGAAUGUAUUACAAUUACUCUCAUUGACUUAGAAACAAAACACACUUGUUUUGGGUGGUGUCCAUUUUCUACAACUUUCCUCCUUAAAUAGAUUUCAUGUGAUCUUGGCAGGGUUUCCCAAUCAGGAAUUGAAAGAUCUGUUUCCUUAUCUCUCUUCUGGGGAGUGACACGUCUCCUGAAACUUUCACCUUUACAUUUGUCCAUCAAAGUGCAGAUUGCUUAACUGCAAAUAUGGCAUGGUGAAUGAGGAUAUAAAAAGAAGAGAGUCAGAUCCCAUGUUCACAGUUUAUGUCAUCCAGGAUGGCUUUGUUCACACAUAAUGCAAAGCUGUAAUGUGGUUAAUUUAAAUUUGGAUUAAUAUGAUGGAUUCAUUAUGGAUGCAUUUCAAGUGAGAAAAAGGCCCUCUUUAGUAUGAGGAUAAGGCUGUAGCCUUGAUAUUUUACUGAUAUGGGUCAAUUGGGUGCAAUCUAAUUGGAAGUGUUUGUUCAAAUUGUAAAUUCAUUCUUACUCGACAGUUCAAAGCAAUCUUGACAAUCAAAUCAAUAUGGAAAAGGGGGCUUUUGCUUUAGAGCAGUGAUGGCGACCCUUUUUUUUAUUUUUUUAUUUUGUUUUUAUUUUGUCACAACAGUAUAUACAAUCAUCAACAUAAAAAUAACUCAUCAUGAGAGAAAAAGUAUAUAUAAGUAAAAGUAUAAGUAAAAGUAUGCAUAUAAUAUUAUAAUGAAAAGAACAAUAGGACAGGAACGGUAGGCACUUUUGUGCUCUUAUGCACGCCCCUUUUCGGCACCGAGUGCACAAACCAGAAUGUGCGUGCAUGUGUGUGCAUGUGUGCACGCCGGAGCAUUGGAAAUCCGAAGACCAGCUGGCUAGUGCAUGCAUGCCUGUCUUUUGGUCAUUCCUCCUGUUUCUUGGGCCAUUUUCAGGCCAAAAACGCCCCAAAAAAUGGCCCGGAAAACAGACUGAAAAAUGGCCCAGAAAAGGCCUGGAAAAUGGCUCUCAAACGGCCUUUUUUUUGCCCAGUUUUGGCUGUUUGCAGGUGCUCUGGCGCCUGUAAAGACCAGCUGGUUGGUGAACCAGAAGAGCAGCUGGUGAUGGCGCGUGUGCCCACCGAGGAGGUUCUGCGUGCUACCUCUGGCACCGGGCCAUAGGUUCGCUAUCACAGCUUUAGAGUAUGAUCUCUGAGUUUAAUAUUUGUAUAACUGCUCUAUUUUACUCUGAUAUAUUGUAAAGUAUGUAGGAUAAAUACUCAGUAACUAAAAACAAUAAAACUAUUUUUUUUACCCUGCAAUCCAGAGAUGGCAGGUAUAUAUAUGAUAGGUUUGCACAAAACACCUUUGGAGGAAUGUGUGCCUUUUAGGAUCAUUAUUGGGUUUUUUAGUUUUGGGGAGGAUAAUUUUAGGAGAAUUUUAUUAUGCAGCGGUUGCCUCUGAGAGACUCUCAGUGGGAAAUAAACUUUUGUUGAUAAUUGUAUAAAUAAAGCAGAGCACUUUUUAAAGGGAUUUGUCCCUAUGAAUGUUUUGGAAAGCCUGUUGAAAACUGUCACCCAUCUCUCAGCACACGCAACGCCUUCUUCAUCCACCUCUUUGUUCCCUUUCAGCAUGAAGUUUAGGUGAAAAGGUUGGGGCAGCCAGAACAGAAAAAGGGCCUUGGAAAUUUACGUGGGAGAAAAGAGAAGCCUAAAUGUCUGUUUUGUGAAAAAGAAGCAUUUUGAAUGACAAAUUGAAAUUAUUUGAAUUUCCGUCUUACUGUACCAUUUAUUAACCUUCUGUUUGAAGAUAUUAAUGAAAGCGAAUAUAAUUUGUGCUUUGUGGAGUUAGUUGAAUGAUUUUGGUGUGGCAGUUGGAUUUCAGCAAUAUAAAAUGUUGACUUAGCUUUAAUAUGCAUGCUUUACAAUAUUUGCAAAACAAAAGGCUAGGGGAACUCAGGAAAGGAACCGCACUUUAUUCACUUAUCUAUUUUAUUUUACUUUUUCAAAUAUAGUAAGUCUGUGCAUUUUUUUUGCACAAUAAAGGAGGAAAAAAAUGGUCCAACCUUUUUUAUGCCAAAAAAAAAAAAAAAACUUUUAUUCCUGCUGAUAAAAAAUAAGUCAAAUAUGCAUUGGAAGUCAAGGAAGGAGAACUAUAAUAUUUCACAGAACUAUAUUUGUUGCACUAAGAAGUUUUAUAGUUUUAUAGACAAAGUUUAUGAGUAUCAGCAUGUUAGUGAACUCAGCUAGCCAUGAAAUAUGAUCGUUAAACCAUGGCUUAACAUGUUCUGUCCACCUAUUACAGGCCUCAUUCAUAAGUUAUGCUAAAAUUGUCUUUAUAUUAUUUUAAUAUAUACUAUAGAGUAUAUAAUAUAUACUGUAUUAAUAAUAGUAUACUAUUUGAUUUUAUUAAACUAAAACUUUAUUUAUACAUAUGUGUUGACAAAGUGAUAUAAAAUUGAAACGAAAGAAUAAAGAAAAGAGGAAAAAGCUUGGGAAAUUAAACAAUAAAUAAAGUAUUUAAAACAGAACAAAACUUUCAAGUCCUCUUUAGAUAUAUAUAAAUUCAUUUUUUUCCAAUAAACCAAAUAAAUGAUAGAUCAGUGUCACCUACAAGCCAAAUUGCCCAGUUGGAUGGACUUUGCUCUUGGGGUGAAAACAAUUAUGUGUUUGGAGUAGGAGUGAAGAAGUAAACAUUCUCAUUUAUACUGUUUGGAAAAACCAAUUACCCUGAUACUAUGUUCUGCUGUUGAUAUUACCUAUCAUGUACUGUAUCACAACAUAAAACCAUUUGAGCACAUUUUUCAUCUCUUGUUUUGUCUGGUCCUCAAAUCAAUGUAACUAAAAGUAAAAUCCUUUAAAUGGUAUCUGUUUAUAAAAGUAUAGCAUUAUCGUAUGACUAACAGAUUUCGAAAGCCGCUUGGAUAUAUUUAUUGCUAAUUACAGCGGGAAUGUGUGGGAGAGAAGUUGGCCUCAGCAGCUUUGGGGUAGGUGGAGUCAAAAAGGCAAGGUGAUGGUUAUGGAGUCUGAAUUGAAGCCCUGCCCCUUUCCCUACGCCUCCUGCAGAUGGCGUUCUCUUUUUCACCCACAUUUCAAUCUUGGCAUGAAGAGUGCUAUAAUUUUAUUGUACAGCUUUUGGAUGAUGGAAAAAAAUAAUAAUGUGAAUUAAUCUUGCCAGAUUUUUAUUUUUCUGACUGUAUACUUUCAAGGUGAGAAAUACAACCCUUCCCCCAAAAAUAAUUUGUUGCUGUGUAUUCCAACUGCUUGAUUGUCAGUAGUUAUAAAUGAGCCCCUCUGUGCUUGUUUAACAGAAUAAAGAAGAUAUGUUUACUAUGUUUACAUUGGUUCAUUUCUUAAUGUUUUGAAUCUAUGGAUGCUGAAGAAAAUAAAUAAAUCCUAAAUAAGGAUCUCAAAUAAACCGAACCACUCAAACUGAGGAAAAAACAUAUCUUUGCAUAAGGUUCAUCUCCCUUGUUGUCUAGUCACCUAGGCUGUGCACCAGAGGUGGUAUUCAGCCAGUUCUGAUCAGUUCUGGAGAACAGGUAGCAGAAAUUUUGACUGGUUUGGAGAACAGGCAAAUACCACCUCUGGCAUUGGCCCCACCCUUAUCUAUUCGCUGCCUCUGGAGUCCCAGCUGAUGGAGUCCCAGCUGAUUGGCUGGGUCCCGAAAGCAGGUUAGUGGUGUGGAGAGGGAAUGGAGAUUUUACAGUGUCCUUCCCUUCCUCUGGAGUGGGGUGGGAUGGACUUGGAGAUUUUGCAGUAUCCUUCCUCUACCAUGCCCGCCAAGCCAUGCCCACAAUACCAGUAGUAAAAAUAUUUGAAUCCCCCACUGCUGUAUAAAUCCCUUAAAACAGGGGUCUCCAACCUUGGUCCCUUUAAGACUUGUGGACAUCAAC